GUCGCGGAGUGCGCGCGCAUUGUUUAUUUCUAAUUUAAAUAGCGUACGAUAAAAAGUGUAUUCUUAUUUUGAAUUAUACCUCUACAAUAUUCCUGACAUAAGGUUAAUUUCAAGUGUGGUGCUGUGUUUAGUGCUUUCAAGAAAUUACUAUAUGAGAUCAGAUAAUGGUCCUUUAAGCCUGUUUUUACUCAGAGAAAAUAUGUAGGUUGGUGCGAAAUUACAAUUACUUACACCAUACCCUUACUACUAAUAAUGGUUUUGGAUUUUUAAGACAAUAUAAAUGCUAAAAUGUCUACUAGCAACGAUUUGAGCGAUGAAACUGAUGCAUCUCCAAGACUAAGGAUGAAGCCAGCUGUUAAUAAGAUAUUUUGCUGCAGCGUCACGGCUGCUUCUGGAUUUAUUGCUGCUUAUGCUCUGGUGUCCUAUGCAAUCGCCCUAAUAUAUGAGAUAGUGUGGGUUGUGGAGUCUCAGAGUGGUCUUCCUAUACCAUCCGCUCUGCUUAUGAUAUGUUACUGCGUGGUAAUAGCCGCUACGGUCGUGCUGGUUCACGGCCUUAUAUCUAAAAACAACAAAUACCUGCUGGCGUGGCUUAUAUCAGUGAUCUUGGUGCUGAUUCCUGAGUGUGCUCUAGUCUUCUACAUGUCUAUAAGCCAUUGGGGUCUUCAAGGGGUGUACGGAGGUGCUGAGCUGGCAUGCUAUGUGGCUCGACUGCCGGCGAUUGUGUGUGGAGUUGUCUUAGUACAGUCAGCGUAUGCACUUAGAGAAGCGAGGAAGAGUGAAUACGGUGCUGGCGUUGGUGUGAGCGGUAGUGAGUUCGAUGCCAGCCACUAUGUCCCCGAUACUGCGGCACCGGCUUUCACUAAUGAGGGCUUUCUGGCGGAUAAUGGCAAAUCUGGCUCAAUGCCAGAUCUCCGUCGUCACUUGGCCGCACGUCAAUCUAUGAAUAUGGGCUACCCGAUCAUGUUACCACAACCGCCUCCCGCCUACUGGCAACACUUAGCCGAUCGGCAGUACGCAGCUUCUCUUCGAGGCUACCCGAAACAUUACCCACAAAACUUUGGCACCUGGGUUGGUCCCAGAACCGACUACAAACGUCGCCACUCAGUGGUUGGCGCGUUUGACGAAUAUCCGACUAAAUAUGACUAUGACGAUCGUAUGGACUGUAAGAGCGAAAUUAACGAACGGGUAAGCUACCCGUACAGACCCUAUUAUGACCCAAGAUAUCCCCCAGAUUACGCAUAUUUCCAGGACUUCAAAAGGGAAGAUGCGGGAUAUGGAGUCAAUUUGUUACGACAUGAUCCAUACUAUAGAGACAGGAUGUAUGCUAUGCGGAAUAGUCACACGUCUGUGGGAAACGAAUCGGAUGAUUUGACUAAGUAUAAAGAUGUUGCUUUAUAAAUAAGCUUAUUCUGAGUUAUUCGUUUCAUGAAACACAAUCGCGGCGUCUUUAAACACACAGGUAUAGUAACUUAAGAGUAAUAGAUGUUUUAUUAAAAACAUAAUGUAGAUAGGAACAGUCAGGUAUUGUAUGAAAUACUGUUAUAUAAAUGGAAAACAUAAUAUAUUAUAUACACUACAAUUUAUCCCUGAUCCGUCUAUACCUAAUCUAUGGAAUAAAGGAUUUUGUUGUGAUGUAACGUACUACAAAAACGUAUGUCAAACAAGGAAUCGUUUGCUUGAGAAGUUUUAGGAUAAAAGUAAUUAGUAUUCAAGCAAUUAGAAUAAUUAAUAUAUCAGUAUAAUUCCGUCCUUUAAGUCUGUGUUAAUAUAAGUUAUUAUUUAAGAAUGUAUUCGAUGGCAAGAUUGUGACGCUUUAAUGACUGCUUAAAAAUAUUAUUCAUAAUAAAAUUACAUAAUUUUGGUAUUGUCGUGUACCUAACCUUAUUUUGGGAAAUCACAUUAGUAAAGAAAAAAUGGUGCAUCCGAGAUGCGGUGAUUUUAUUCUUGAACAUUUCACGUAUAAUGUAAUUACUUUGUCUUGUUUAAUUUCUGUAGUUGUAUUAUUACUGUAAAGUAUGUAAAUAAUUGAAAUUGUAAAAUUUAUUUUAGUUGUUACCUAAUAACCAAAGUAUUGUAAUUCUUUAACUGACGUAAAAAUGUUCAGUCACUAGGAAAGAAACCAAUAAAAUAUUUUACAAAUA